GGUGACUAAAGCUGUCUGCACUGUGCGGAGUUGGGCUCUGUGAUUUUUAAAUGUGUAUGGUUAUAUUUGCUCCGAUUUUUGCCAUCUGUGCUUUUGCAACAUGUGGAGGAUACUAUGGUCACCUCCAGGUUAAAGUGGACUGUGCAGACAGGAGGCAGAAUAACCGCAGCAUCAACAUUGAUUUCGGGUAUCCUUUCAGAUUACAGCAAGUGCAUUUUAAAGCUCCUUUGUGCAAAGAGAACAGAGAUGAGAUUAUUUUCCUGGAAGGUGACUUCUCCUCAGCAGCCCAAUACUUCAUGACUGUGGGUGUCUUUGCUUUCCUGUACUCGCUGUUGGCAACGAUUGUCUAUGUCUUCUACCAGAACAAGUACUUGAAGAACAACAGAGGUCCACUUGUGGACUUUGUUGUUACGAUCAUCUUCUCCUUCAUGUGGUUGGUCAGCAGUUGUUGUUGGGCCAAAACUCUUUCUGAUAUAAAGACAGCCACCAACCCAACACAGGUGCUUCUUCUCAUCACUUCCUGCAGAGCUCAGGAAAACAAAUGCGCAGCUACAGAGGAGCCUCUCUGGUCACGUCUUAACACAUCUGUGGUCUUUGGCUUUGUUAAUGUUAUCCUUUGGUCUGGGAAUAUUUGGUUUGUCUUCAAAGAGACGGGCUGGUACAAGACUGGACAGAGAUAUCCGACCAGGAGUGCGUCUGGGAAACGCUCAGGUUCAAUGCGACAGCGGCUCUACAGCGAGAGCAGCUUCGACCAGCCAGAGGAGAACUUUGCUCCCUCUGGACAAAACAGUUUCAAUCUGUCAAAGGGAGACUUUGAUCACCAGUUGCAGAGGCAAGCUAGCAUCAACCAGUCACAGGUAAGCUUCAGCUUACCACAAACAUAUCUUGGUAAACCGGUAAUUUAUGACAGAGAAGAUAAAGUGGCUUCUCAAGGUCCGAUGAUAUUUGUCAAUGAGAUGUGACUUAGAGUUUGAUCAUGCACAUGCACGUAGAGAACUGAAUGAAAAUUUGCCACUGCUGUUUUGAGUUUGUGAAAAUGACAUACAUAUGAAACUUAUACGCUCAUGAUUGCUCAAGAAUACUGUUUCUGAGAUCUCUGGGUCAUUUUGCAUGUUUUACUGUGUAUUUUCUAUUUUCCUAAGACUAAGUUUCAUCUAAAUCUCAUUUAAACUCUGCAUUUCCAGAAAACAGUUACACUGAGAUAGGAUCUGGUUGCUUUAGCGUUAUCAUUCUGGGGCUUUGAGUUGUUCAUAAAGAAAUGAUUUUACUUCACAAACUGUAUAAGUGCUUGAUCUUACCUUUAAAUGAAAAAACACAUCACACUACAGUGCUCUCUAAUAUGUAAUAUGGAAAUAUGUUGUAUCAGUGGACAAAUACAUGUAACUAGUGUCUGAGCAUUCUCCCAUGAAUAUUUAACGUUUGACUGUUCUGCAUAAUUGAUUCUGUUUGUUAUUAGCACUGCAGUGUCUCCAU